UGGAGAGUUAUAUAUGGUGACUAGUCCAAAGAAUUCUGUGUUCACAGUGAACAUACUUGCCAAGACUUGCUCUUGUUUGCAGUGGCAGUUGAGGGGGUUCCCCUGUAUGCAUGCAGUGAGUGCAUUGCAUAGCAUAAGGCCACAAUGGAGAAAGUACUGCAGUGAUUACUAUUCAGUGGAGAACUAUAAGGCCACAUAUGCACCAACUUUUGCACCACUAGAUGAUAAAAGUGAAUGGGUCCAGCCAAACAUGAACAAGAAGAUCUUGAACCCUCCUCACAGUAGGAAACCAGGAAGACCCAAGAGCAAGAGGGUAAGAAGUUAUGAUGAACCUCGUGUUGAGAAGACAAAAAGGAGGUGUGGGAAAUGUGGAAAUGUUACUAACCACAACAAAAGAACAUGUGCUGGUGGUGAAGUGGGAUCUAAUCCAACUGCAAAGAGGCAAAGGACUGAAUGUGAUGCACAAAGCUUCACCUUCAGCAACAUAGAGCCAAGUCAGACCACCGGAGUUAGGGGUGCAGCUAAGUCAAACAAGAAGAAGAGAACGGCAUCAUUUGUUGGUGAAUGUUUUACAGGGCCUGGCAGUCAGCCUUUGGCAACACCAUCUUCUACUCCAGCUUCCACAACACCUAUGAGUCUGCCAUCUAUAGCACCAUCUUCUACUCCACCCUCUACAAUAAAUAACCUUUAUCAGAACUUCUUUGGCAUUGGAUCUGUAUCUCAGAAUAUAAAACAAGGAAAGGGAAGGGGAAAUGGAAAGGCUAAGAAGAAAUGAUUUGAGAUCCGUUUUCUGAUUUUUUGUGUUUAAGAAGACAAUAUUUUUUUCUUUUGUAGACUUGAAUUAAUGCUGAAUCAAAAGUGGCAGCAAUGAAGACUUCAUCUGAGACCCAUUUAAAACCGUCACAAUCUGUACAAGUGAGGUUUGAUUUUGCAGUGGGCAGUUUUUGAAGCAAUGACCAGAUUCUCCGCAAGCGUAACAACCAUUCUCUACUGGUAAUUUCACCAUCUUGCAUUUGACAGGAUCGAUGGCAUCGUCAAACCAUUGAAAGUACUGACAGGGCCUAAUUUAUAUGAAUGAAGCUGAAUCUGACCGU